AUGAUUCAUCUGAUAGAGAGGUCUUAUAGUAUCUACAUCAUCAACGUUGGGAAAACAUGGGACAAGUUGCAUAUGGCUGCACGUUGUAUCGUGGCGAUUGAGAAUCCUCAGGACAUUAUUGUUCAAUCCGCGAGACCUUACGGGCAGAGAGCUGUUCUCAAGUUUGCUCAAUACACUGGUGCUAACGCCAUUGCAGGAAGACACACUCCUGGUACUUUCACCAAUCAGAUGCAAACUUCCUUCAGUGAGCCCAGGUUGUUGAUUCUUACAGACCCGAGAACCGAUCACCAGCCAAUCAAGGAAGGUGCUUUGGGAAACAUUCCGAUCAUUGCUUUCUGUGACACAGACUCUCCCAUGAGAUUUGUCGACAUUGGUAUCCCUGCGAACAACAAAGGAAAGCACAGCAUUGGUUGUCUCUUCUGGCUUCUUGCCCGUAUGGUCCUUCAGAUGCGUGGAACCAUUCGUCCCGCACAGAAAUGGGAUGUCAUGGUUUGGUGUGUGGUUGUACAGAUGGAUCUGUUCUUUUACAGAGAGCCUGAGGAGGCUAAGCAAAUAGAAGACGAAGAAGCUGGACCACAGGCAGAUUUUGGACUCCCUCCUCCUGAAUACGGAGUAGCCGGAGGAGACCAAUGGACAACUGCUCAGAUUCCCGACGCCUCGUGGCCUGGAGAAGCUCAGGAGCCAAUCUCUGCUGCUCCUGCAGCUGCUGCUUCUUGGACCGAUGCUAGCGCUGCUCCAGCUGCAGAUGGAUGGGACACAGUGCCACCUCCAGCAGCAGCUGUUCCAGGAGCGAGUUGGGAUUAA